CAUAAUUGCAUUGAAGAAAGAGGAAGCUUUGGUCUCUAGCUAUUAAUAUUAGUAUUAAUAUUAGGCACGGUUUGACUACAAAUAAAAGGAACCAUCGAUUCGUGUCAGCCCGUGAGGCAGCCAAGUUUCAGAUGGAGACGAGCCAGCUUUUUAAUGUUCUUGCCAUUUUUCUUCUCUCGGACCCUUUUGCUGUUGUGAAUGCAAACUCUGAAGGUGAUGCUCUGUUCGCGUUCAGAAGAGCUGUGAAAGACCCAAAUAACGUUCUAGAGAGCUGGGAUCCAACUUUGGUGGAUCCUUGUACAUGGUUCCAUAUUACCUGUGAUGAUGAUAAGCGAGUUACCCGACUAGACCUCGGACACGCAAAACUGUCUGGCCAUUUGGUUCCAGAGCUAGGGAGGCUCCAGCGCCUUCAGUUCCUAGAACUGUACAAGAAUGAUUUGAUGGGUCCAAUACCAAAGGAACUUGGAGAACUCAAGAACCUGCUUAGCUUGGGUCUCUACCAGAAUAACCUCACUGGCUCCAUCCCCGCCACCCUCUCCAACCUCUCCAACAUCAAAUUCUUGCGACUCAACAGCAACAAGCUCACUGGAAGAAUACCGAGGGAACUCACUAAGUUGGGAAACCUCAAGAUCUUAGACCUAUCAAACAAUGAUCUAUGUGGUACUUUCCCGACAUACGGCUCCUUUUCCAAGUUCUCCCAAGAAAGUUUCAAGAAUAACCCAAGACUUAAAGGACCAGAAUUAAUGGGAUUCGUCAGAUAUGAUACUGGAGAAAGCUGCAAAUGAAAGAUCCUGGAUUAGGGAGCGCUUCAUAGGAAAUGUCUGUUUUCCUUGCAUCCGUUUCUAAAUUACUUUCUUAUAACAAAUUACCAGUAUUAUGCACUGUUUUCGUUUCAAAGCCAGUACGGAUGGUUUGGGAUGUCUAUUUGUAACAUAUAGAUAGAUAGAUAAUAAUAAUAAUAGAAGCCAAUUAAAUUUGGGUAUUUGGAUUUU